GCGGUGCCGGUCUCAAAACCUUGCCGCGCGCUCCGGGGCUCCUCCCCGCUGUGGGAAGAGGGGGGCCACAGAGCCCUGCCCCAGAGAACGGCGGGUGGGCUGGGUCCGGCUGCGGGGCCCCGAGGCCCAUUCUGCGGAGGUAAAGAAGGAGAGGCACAAGGAGGGCAGCCGAGGUCCGGUCGCGGUGGGACUCGGCCCUCCCCGCCCGCAAGCCCGACCCAGGCCCGGCCCUCCCUUACCGUUCUGGGAGCGGAUCGCUUCCCCAGUGCUGCGGUCACCGAACACGGACAACGGCCCCUCCAUCUUCACGACAGCGAUACACGUCGAAUUCUGCUUACACCGCGGGCAACCAGUAUCGCGGCCCCUCGGCCGACCGGCGACCACAGCAGUGCCUGCGACGGCGUGGAGCGUACCGGAGCGAUGCCCCAGGAGCUACUGGUGACAGGGGACUUGCUACUUCCGGGUCGGCGGCGUCUGGCUUGGAGAGUUUGGGGAUCUACAGCAGCCGAAGGCUUUUCCCUGACUUUAUAUGGCUACGCCCGGCGAGCGACUGAGUCGUCCGUGAGGAAAAAGAGGCGAGGCUUUUCCGACAUCGUCUCAGCGAUGGCGCUUCGGUCGCGGUUUUGGGGGUUGUUCUCGGUUUGCAGGAACCCUGGUUGCAGGUUCGCAGCCCUGUCAACCAGCUCCGAGCCGUCAGCGAAACCUGAAGUGAACCCUGUGGAAAAUGAAGCUGUCGCCCCAGAGUUCACCAACCGGAACCCCCGGAACCUGGAGCUUUUAUCUGUAGCCAGGAAAGAGCGGGGCUGGCGGACGGUGUUUCCCUGCCGUGAGUUCUGGCACAGGUUGCGAGUUAUAAGGACUCAGCAUCAUGUAGAAGCACUUGUGGAGCAUCAGAAUGGCAAGGUUGUGGUUUCGGCCUCCACUCGUGAGUGGGCUAUUAAAAAGCACCUUUACAGUACCAGAAAUGUGGUGGCUUGUGAGAGUAUAGGACGAGUGCUGGCACAGAGAUGCUUAGAGGCGGGAAUCAACUUCAUGGUCUACCAGCCAACCCCGUGGGAGGCAGCCUCAGACUCGAUGAAACGACUACGAAGUGCCAUGACAGAAGGUGGUGUGGUUCUACGGGAACCUCAGAGAAUCUAUGAAUAAAUGGAAGCAUUAAUUGUUUUGAACAUGUAAAUAUAAAACUGUCAGCCACUACAGCCAUCAAAAGAGAGCAUCUGGAAGAACAGCCAGCUUGGAAGUUUUACAGCAAUAAUGUUGCAGUGGAAUAUUAUUUGUAGUUAAGGUCAUCCUCCUCCCUUUUCUGUUUUUUUAAAUCAAGAACUACAUUCUGCCCUUCUCUUGGGCUUCAGAAGCAUCUAAGAAAAGCAGUCAUCAAUUAUAAUUAGCUUUCAAAGGGCAAGUCAGAAGUUGUUUAUAAAUUACAAAAUAAAGGCAUAUUAUGAACUCGUA